CUGGCGAGGGCAAGCUUGGGCGGUUGGCCACCCUGCCUCAUGCCAACAUGGCCAGUUUGGCCUUCUGCAAUCGCUGCUUCCAGCCACCCAGGGGCACCUGCAAGUUCAGCUUAACCAGCUGCGGUCACGUAUAUUGCGACGCCUGCCUCCAGAAAGGUAAGAAGGAUCAAUGCAUUAUUUGUAACGUGCCAUGUCGUACAAUUUUACUUACAAGUCAAGUGGAUUUUAAUAUCCAGGCUUUCUUUAUGGAUAUAGAUUGUUUAUGUAAGAAGUAUUCGAAAGAAACUUCACUGAUUUCCGAAUUUCAAGAAAAGCAGAGAGGGCGCUUGCUAACGUUCUACAAAGAAAAGACUUCUAAAUUAGAAGACUCUCUUAAGACGCUAACGAAACAGAUGCAACAGUUAGAAAGAAUGAAUGCACUGCACAGAUCUGCUCAAGGGUCAGUUUCCAAACCCGUAACGAGUUUAUUUUCAACACCUUCAGGUGUAGCGAAUGGAUAUUCUGCACGUUCAUUCCGGCCGCCUUACUCAUCUGCCUCCAACGUAGUGGAUUCAAUGAAAGUUGAUUCUGCAUCUUCACCAGUUAGAAAACCUGAGACCCCAGUAGCCCCCGUAAGAAUCUCAUUGAUAAGUCCACCUCAAGGCGGACGCAUGGGAAGUGUUUCCUACAGGGGUUCAGGACUAACAGCAAGUCAGAAUAGGAUUGCAAGGGCUUCACCAUUCCAACCUCCUUCACAGACUCCUCCGAGAUCGCAAAAUGGAAUGGGAAUGUGGGAUGCUUCAGGCUUCAGAAUUCCCCAGUGUACUCCCCCUUUGUCCCAGGCCUCGGUGUCCAGGCCACCCAUCAGCAUACCUGGACUUCUACAGAGACAGCAUUUAGCUACGCAGAGAUGGAAGUAAAAACCAGAGCUGCGGGGAGUGAAGCACCAGCAAGAUGCAGCGAACCCGCCUGCCUCUUCAGCCAAACCCAAAUGGUCCUUGCAAUUCUGUAAACUUGGAAACUGGAAAAAAUACCCAGUGCAGAAGAAGCGAUGAGCGUCUAAGAGCAAAGAGGCAGGACUUUCCUAGAAACUGUAUGGGGAAUGAAAAUACUCCCCCACUGCCUGGAUCCCCGGGAAACCAACAAAAGUAUCGAAGCGAUAUUAACAAUUGCUCUGUAACGGUUAAAGCUCUUAAUGUGUGUGACUGUGAACUGUCGUGGACAAUUUUUCCAACGCAACUCAACAAAACGUGCAAUACCACCGUGGUGCCACAAGAGGGCGCAGGGAACCCUACUAAUUCUGUAAUUUGGUGUUUUUUCAAACAACCGGGGAUUUCUUUUGUCUGUCAGAGUGGAACAAAAUUGUAUCCAUGUCUGUUUUGUUGUACUAUAAGAAUGAAAUAUUCACAUUAAAGAAGUUCUAU